AUGAGUAGACCAAACAAAGGUGGUUCUGUUCCUUUCAAAAGCCGCGGGGGCAGAGGUAGAGGCGGUGAGAAUCACACAAGCAGAGGUCGUGGUGGUCAUGGGAACCCAAAUGAUAGAUUUCGCGAAGAAGGCAGAAAUUUCCAUAGACAAGAUAGUAGAGACAGCAAUCUAUAUGGAAAUGAUAGUCGAAGAGAUAGAGAUUAUGGACCGGACUAUAGAACACGAGAUGGAGACAUGAAUUAUGGACAAAAUAGAAGACAAAGCCCAAAUAGAUACCGAAGACAUAGUCCAAAUAGAGACUAUAGAUAUGAUAGAAGAGACAGCCCAAAUAGAGACUAUAGAUAUGAUGAUAACAGAGAUUAUAGACAAGACACAAGACAAAGUCCAAAUAGAGAUAGAAGACAUAGUCCAAAUGGAGAUAGAAGACAUAGUCCAAAUAGAGAUAGAAGACAUAGUCCAAAUAGAGAUAGAAGACAUAGUCCAAAUAGAGAUAGAAGACAUAGUCCAAAUAGAGAUAGAAGACAUAGUCCAAAUAGAGAUAGAAGACAUAGUCCAAAUAGAGAUAGAAGACAUAGUCCAAAUAGAGAUAGAAGACAGAGCCCAAAUCGAGACGGAAGAUAUAGCCAAAGUAGAGAUUAUAAAAAAGACAGAAGACAUAGCCCAAAUAGAGACUAUGAUAGGCAUGAAAGUCCACAUAGAAAUAGAAGACAGAGCCCUAAUAGAGAUUAUAGACACGACAGACGGUAUAGCCCAAAUAGAGAAUAUAGCCAUGAUAGAAGACCAAGUCCAAAUAUUGAUAGUCCGAAUAGAAAUAGAAGAAAGAGCCCAAAGCAGACUGGUAAAGAACCAACUAUUGUUAAUGUUUAUGUGAAUAAUAAAGACAUCAACUCAAGGAAACCAGCGAUACAACAGCAACAACCAAUUUUUGGUGAAUAUUCUCUACCACCCAGUUACCAAAUGAUUCAUAAUCAGCCAUCAUUUCCACUGCCUCUUCCAGGACAGCCUCUACUGUCAAAUCCUGUACCACCUCUUAUGAGUUUUACUUCACCACCACCACCUCCCUAUUCUGCUUUUCCUGACAUGCCUAUACUUGGUACAAACCUGAUACGACUCGAUUCUACAUCAAAUCAGUCUUUAGCCUCGAAUUCGUCGAGGCAAAGCACUCCACCACAGUUUGCAUACAAAGGUUCAAAAGAUAUCUUUCAAGGAAGAGGUCGAGGUCGUGGAAGAGGUCAAGGUCGUGGAAGAGGUCAAGGUCGUGGAAGAGGUCAAGGUCGUGGAGGAGGCCAGGGUCGUGAUGCACGAAGAAGAGAGUCCAGUACUACAUCCAGUAAAGGUGACUGCGAACUUGAUUCAUUUGGUUCUGAUGUGUCUAGAGAACCCGAGAAAAUAGCGCUUAAGACUGAAAAGAAGGAAACGUUUCUUUUCUUUAUAUUCAAGGGAAAGUCUGACGAAUCUUUUGAUUAUGGAGCCUAUUUAAAAUCUAGAACUGGAAGUCUCACAUCUAUCGAGUAUGAUAUUCAAGCAAUUAUGAAAACUGGCAACAGCAAAGUUGUCUUAAGUUUGUUUCACUCUAAAGCCUCAGCUAAUAAAGUGAUAAAAUAUUUUAGGAAAACCAACAGCUCAUCCGAAAUUGAAGUUUUAUGUUACACUAGGGAUCUUUUACCACCCAUUUAUCAUGAUUUAGCCCAUGUUAAUUUGGAGAAAAAGAUAAAGAAGACUAAAAUUCAAGAAAAAGAAGCAUCUAAAGGACAGGAAUCAGCCCAAGCAACCAAAAAGAAAACGAAAAAGAAAAAGAAGGUAGAAUCUAAACCUGAAAUACAUGAGACGACACUUUAUUUGAGUAUUGAUGAUGCAUUGAAGAGCCAAGAUGCUGUGGGUUUUAUCAGAACGCGGAUGGGUACAGGAACUAUUUAUCCAUUUCAGUUGGUUUCCUCAGUAUUAAGUGAAGAUGGAUCCUCAACCAAUAUAGAAAUUAAGGUACAAAGUGAGGCCAUAGCAGACAUAGUAAUCAGACAGUUGGAAGAGAGCAACACAAACAGCCCAACCAAUGUGGUUUGUUCCUUGAUCCCAAUCUCAACAGAAUCCACCUCGAAAAGAGAAAUGAUACAGCAGGUUCUCUCUGGUAUCAAAACCAAAUCCAAACAACGUAUAGAACAUCAUGAACUUAAAAUCAAUGAUGCAAAUAACAGAUUAGAAGAAUUCGUCAUCAGCCCCAAUAUAUCCGUUGAAGAAUACAACAGAAAAGUAGCCGAACGAGACGCUAUCAAAGUAAAGUUGGAGGAACUGAAGUCACAAAAAUUGGAAUACCAAAACUAUUUCGAAAAGAUUACCGCUGACAUCAGCAAGUCUGAAAAUAUUGAGAAUUUUAAAGAAUAUAUUCAACAAUUGAGUAAACAGUUCAGUAUAGAAUGUUGCCGUCUUGAUACAGCUUUACCGAUCUAUGCUAGAAGAUCAGAUAUAUUAUCCUGUAUUGCCAACAACCAAGCUUUAUUAAAACUUUUACAAUUUGGUAUUAAUCCUUUUGAGUCUGAUUUCGUAGAAUCGCCAUCUCAAGAUGCUCUUGAUUCAGCUUUGAAGACUCUGGUUCAGUUGAAUGCCGUAGAAGAUGGAAAGAUAACAGACCAUGGUAACUGGCUGGCCAAGGUUCCCUUUGAACCAAGAUUGAGCUCAAUUGUCAAGAAAGGAUUCGAUAAAGGGUUUGUGUAUGAUGCUUUAGUUCUGGCGUCUUUGAUUAGUUCUGGUGGUUCACUUUUCUAUCGUGGUGGAUCUGAUAGUGAAAAGGACAAUAGCGAUUUGGUCAAAACACAAUUCUGUCAACAUCAAGGUGAUUGCUUUACGCUACUCGAAGUGUACAAGGCGUGGAUUGCUCAGCCUGGCGACAAGAGAAAUAAAUGGUGCUUUGACAAUUACGUUAAUAACAAAGUGAUACGAGGGGUCUUUGAAACCGUUUCAGAAAUAUCAGGUAUUUUGAAGAGAGAACUUGGAAUCGAAGUAAAGAAAGAAUUUUCACAAGACAAAGGACUAGCAGAACGUUUUCAAAAGAUCAUUCUGUUAGCUUUCACAGAAAACAUUGCUCACUUUACUGGUCAUCGAAAGGCUGGAUAUUUUGUACCAAGUCUAGAUCAGCAGGUCUUUAUUCACCCGUCUUCAUCACUCAAAGUUUUAAAUGAUUCUAGUGAGUGGGUGGUAUUUUGCAAUGUUUUAAGAACGUCAACUGAUUUUAUUACUACCGUCACACCAGUCAGAGAAGAAUGGAUACAAGGAAUGAUGAAACUACAUUUUGAUAUAGAAAACGUAAAAAGUAAACGAAUUUCGAUUGUCCACACAGAAUAUUUUGGAUCAAGCUCUUUUUCUAUGUUUGUUGGUCCACGAUUUACUAAAUUAAGAAAAUAUGAAGAGAUGUUGACACAGAUCUGUGGUUGUAUUGUGAUGAUUGAUGCUGAUCGAGAUAGAGGUGAAGUGAGAUUCUAUACUUCUUCAUUGAAUGAAACGGCCAAGCAGGUAAUUGCUAAAUGGAGACAUGAAGCUAUACAGCCCGUUUUAAUGAAGACAGAAGAAUUUCAGUUGGGUUCUAAGCGUACCAGGACUGGAGGAGUUCGAAUUGUUCUGGGAAAAGGAGGAGAGGGUACUUUGCUUCUGAUGCCCCUUGAUUACCGCUCUGUAUAUAUAACAAAGCCCAAUUGUAAAACUUCGUCGAAGGAAAAUAUCAAGGAGAAAUUUUCAAAAUUUGGAGAAAUUGUAGAUUGUUGGGAAGAUAAAAAAUCAGAUGGUAGAUGGGGUCGUGUUACAUUUUCUUCAGAUGUAGCAGCUAGACUUGCUGUGAAGGAAACUGAAAACGAUAAUGUGGAUGUAGCAAUCCCAGAGAUCAAACAGUCAGAAAGACGUGAGUUCCAGUUCAAAUCUCGAUUAACAUGGUUAAGAAGACCCUUAAAGAACAUGGCGUUUGUUGAUGUCAAUCCUUUACAUCUUGCCGAUGCUGUUCGUCUUGGUUGGUUUUCUGUGAAAGGAAUUGCAGUGAAGAUCGACGUCAAUGAUGCUUCAACAGGUUUGAUCCUCCGUCGUUUGCCACCAAAUACCAAAGAAGCUGAAAUCAAAGAAAGUCUUUGUAACAGUUUGAGUUUUAUAUCUGAAGAAGCAAAAGCCAAUAUUCAAAGGGUAUCUGUAGUGAGAGAAAAAGUACAAGCUACCAGUGUCGACGAUAUAGACAAAAUAAAAAGAGCAGUUUCUACGUAUAUUUCCAACUAUCUUGAUGGACAAACUGGAUUUGUUGUAGAUGUAUUGAAACCUAAGAAGGAUACAGACAUAAACUUUGUAGCUUAUGCUAAAUUUUUUUCAGCAGAAGAUGGUUAUCUGGCUUGUAGAGGUUUAAAUGGUGUUAUGAGAAUUAAUAAUCAACCAGUUACAAUGAUUCCAGAUGUAUCAUCUUCUAUCAACAUUUCACAACAAGUGUAUGAUAUCAUGAAAUCAUCUAUUGAUGAAGCUGUAGAGGCUCUUCAUAAGACUCUCGAUUUCAAAUUUCAUGAAAAAGAAUUGAACAACGGGCGAGUGAUUCUGAAUCUGUACAGCAAAUUCUCUUCAGACUUAGCUCAGGCAAGAGCCAUAUUAGAUGGUAUUUUGAAAGGGGAGGUGAUCGAAUGCUGGAGAAAUGAGAAUUAUCGCCAUCUGUUCCUCAGACAGGGACGACAAUUUGUUCGAAAAGUUGAAGAAAAAUCUCAAACAGUGAUCAGAAUGGAUGAAAGGACGAAUUCUAUUAGCAUUUUUGGAACCAUGGCCAAAUUUACUACAGCUCAGAUUGAAUUACAAAACUACCUGAAUGAUAUAUUGAAUGGGAGUGGGAAAGAGAUCGACUUGAGGGCUCCAGAACGUCCAAGAGGUCUGAUGAAAACUCUGAUGAAACAAUAUGGGUUAAACCUAGAAAGACUUGUAGAAGAUUCUGGUCUACAGUCAAUUCUUUUAAAUCAUAAAAGACAAACAGUGAAGAUCAUUGGUGAAUCUGGAACCUUGGAGAAAGCCUGUCAACUAAUUGAUGGUUUGUCUGAAUCUCUUCUUCUUGAAAAUUGCCAUUAUGAAUCUGCUGCUGGUGAGCCAAGGGAUGAACUACCAGAAUGUUGUGCUUGUAUUUGUCCAAUUGACAGUUUGGCAGAACUUUACCGAUUAGAGAAUUGUUCCCAUGCUUAUUGUCUUGACUGCUUUAAGCAACAAAUACAGGUUGCUAUACAGAGUAAGGAUCUUCCAAUUCUCUGCAGCGAAGAGUCCUGUCAAGAACCGUUUACUUGGGUUGAUUUCAAGCACAGUUUUACUAAAGUCCAGAUAGACCCCCGGGCGUUGGUCGGAGCAGCUGUAACAAAAUUUAUGUUGAAAAGUGGAAGAGGUACAUAUCAUCAUUGUCUAACCCCGGAUUGUCCUGUUAUCUAUAAAACUAAUACAGAAAAUACCCAGUAUAUUUGUGAAGAAUGUGGUAUCAGGAUCUGUUCAUCCUGUCAUAUUGAAUACCACGAUGGUCUGUCAUGUGCUAUGUACAAAUCCCAAGAAAGGGACAGAGAACAAAUCGAGGCCUAUUUAAGAAGCCAUGCUGAAUCAGUAAAACCUUGUCCUCAGUGUACAGUCCUAAUUGAGAAAAAACGUGGAUGUAACCAUAUAGUUUGUCAUGCCUGUAAAGUUAAUUUUUGCUGGCUUUGUACAGCCAAAUUUAAUAGUGCUGGUGAAUGCUAUGAUCAUCUUCACCAAAAGCAUGGUGGAAUUGCUGGUAUCGACGAUAUUCUUUAUGACUAAAGUUGCGUCAAAGUCUUAUUGUUUAUACCGUAAUUUUAAUGGUUAUACUGUUAUUGCAAUCGUAGCAACGUAGCAAUUUUUAUUCCUUUUCUGUAAUUCUUAUACUGAUGACUUUACCGUUAUUUUAAUUGUAAUACCAAUAUUGUACUGGAUAAACCAAUAUUAUUCUGGUAAUACUAAUAUUAAACUUGUUAUACAUAUAUUGCAAUACCAAUGUUGUACAAUUAAUACCAAUAUUUGAAUGGCAAUACCAAUACAGUAAACUGAAACCCUCCCUAAUCCGGCACAUUUCAAAGUCCCGAUCUAAUCAUUAUAUACUGUUGAAGGAAAGCAACAUCAUCUGAACCGCAAUCUGCACCAAAAUAAGGUCCCAAACCGGUAGCUCCAGUUUAUUCGUCGGUAAUCCGUUGAGACGAAUUAUCAAAGAUGAUUACUCACUAAUCCAAUUUAAACUGAUUUCCCUUGUUUCACUUUGACAUUUACUAACACUUUUCUGGACUGAUACAUGGCCAGGCAUGUAACUGUUCGAGUAACUUAUUCUACUCUAAACCAAUUACCCCUACAUACUGGUAUUCAAGAGUUGGAUGCCGAUUUAGAGUGAAUUCACCGUUGUUUAACGUAUAUUCGCAAUACCUAUUGUACGAUAUUCCACACAAUUUGUGUUUGGGUUUCAGUGAGUGAUUUUUGUUGUAUUAUCAGUUCUAUAUACAUCUUUAUAUAUAUAUAUAUAUAUAUAUAUAUAUAUAUAUAUCCUCACCAUUAAAAUUGAAAUGGUAUUAGUUACAAUGGAUUUGCAAUGGUUUUGAAAAUAAUGUUGGUUAUUGGUUAUUAGCACUUGUUAUAUUUUGUGUUUAUUUAAAUUAAAUUAUUUUUUUCGCGAGUUAUAA